CUCGGAGUUGCUACGGCUUUCUUGGGAUAUGUUUUACCUUGGGGACAGAUGAGCUAUUGGGGAGCAACGGUGAUCACUAACCUGUUUUCUGCUAUACCGCUUAUCGGUGAAAGUAUUGUUACAUGGCUAUGGGGUGGAUUUUCAGUUGCUUACCCAACCUUAAACCGGUUUUAUUCACUG